CACCCAAUUCUCGCUACACCUCCGACUCUCUUCCCCCCCCCCUUAGGGUUUCCGUCUCCUGCAAAAAUCAACAUCGAUUUGGGUGUUAAAGCUCCUCUCUUUCAAUCUCACCCACCUCCGAUUCGGCGUCAACACCUCCCCAAUCUCCUUCCCCACAACCUAAAAAAAAACCCUAGAGAAACCCUAGAUUCAAAUGUCUUCUGAUCACAUCUCAGGAGGUGGUGGAGCUUCGAAGAAGAAGAAGAACCACCGAUCCAAACCGAUGGUGACCGCCUCCGCCGCCGCUAGAUCAAACUCGUUUCCACCAGAGGAAGAAGACUACCCAAUGCUCAAGGUAAGCUUAACCUCAAUCUCCAAGCUCGAAGUUCGAAACUUGAAACGGAAACUAAUGUCUGAGUUAGAGGAAGUUAGGAGCUUGAUGACACGUUUCGAUACCCAAAACAAGAAGAUGAAAACGGGAGUUAACAAGAAAGGCACUGUUCAGAUAUUCAAGAGCUGCAACGCUCUGCUUACGAAGCUGAUGAAGCAUAAGGAUGGGUGGGUGUUUAAUGUCCCCGUGGAUGCUAAAGUUCUUGGCUUGCAUGAUUACCAUAGUAUUGUUAAGGAGCCUAUGGAUUUGGGGACGGUUAAGGGGAAGCUAGGGAGUGGUUUGUAUGAGUCUCCGUUGGAUUUUGCUGAAGAUGUGAGGCUUACGUUUAAGAAUGCUAUCUUGUAUAACCCUGUUGGGCAUGAGGUGCAUAGUAUGGCUAAGUUUUUUUUGAAGAUGUUUGAAGAGAAGUGGGGUUCUAUUAAGGUGCAGUUUGAUAAUCUGAGUAGGAAGGUUAAGACGACUCGCGACGUUGCGUUUCCUCGUCCUGUUGCUGCUCCUGUUGUGGAGCCGUUACCAGCUCCUUCGCCUUCCCCUCCUCCUCCUACACUUCCGCCUAUGGUGACUUUGGAGAGAGCAGAAGAGUAUAUGACGACGCCUGUGGAGCUUGAAACUGUGACUACUACUGCGCUUGAGAAGCCUGAAGAAGAGGAGGAAGAGGCGCCUGUUGAUGUUAGGGAUUUGACGAUGGAUGAGAAACGGAGGCUCAGUGAAGAGCUUCAGGAUUUGCCUUAUGAUAAACUAGAGACUGUUGUUCAGAUUAUUAAGAAGAGUAAUCCUGAGCUCUCGCAACAGGAUGAUGAGAUUGAGCUGGAUAUUGAUAGCCUUGACAUUCAAACGCUUUGGGAGCUUUAUAGAUUUGUGAUUGGGUAUAAGGAGAGCUUGAGCAAUAAAAAGGAGGAUCAGGGGUUUGGUUCAGAGAGGGAUGCUGAGUCUGUACACGAUACUCUCCAAGAACCUACUAUUCUAGCAUCUGGCACUGAAACAUUUAGAGCUAAUGAAUCAGGAAAAGCAAUUCGCAUGUCAUCUCCUGGUCGGCAAGAAAAUAACGCAGGUGGAUCAAGUAGUUCUAAUAGUUCUAGCAGUGACACAGGGUCUGGCUCUAGUGAUUCUGACAGUGACAGCUCCUCAGGACGUGGAUCAGAUACGGGUAACUAGGGCUGAGAAGUUUAAAAAGUGUUUAGCUUUAGAGUCAGUGCUGUCAUGUUGUUGCCCAUCUCUUUCACUAGCACACUUAGAUAUAUUUCUAAGUGGAUGACUUUUGCCGGUAUGGAUUGUUUUCUGUAGUAGGUUUUUUGUUACUGUACAGAAAAAUGAACAAGCUUUAGAUGUAAUCGUCUCUUAUCAUUGAUCUAAAAAACUUGAUUGCUUCUUAACUGAAACAAUCCUACUGCUUAGAGAAGUAAAAAGAAACUAGAAAUGGUAAGAGCAAAAAUUUGAUUUUCCCAUAUUAGAAUCAGAUUUGAUCUUAGUAUAUAUAUUAUAUAUUGUUCAAAUCAUCACAUGAGCCUCACAAAAAAUAUAACAGUUAAACAUGCAUAGAUGGGGUCACAAUCUUAUCAUUACAAUAGCUCCCACUCAGAAUCUUCUGAUGCAAAUGGCACGUUUGACUCUGAGCUUUUGGGGUUUAGAGAUGUUGUCUCAUGUUUCUUAGUGUUCAUCGCAUCACAGCCCAUUUCUGCAUCUCCGAACCAUAUUGCAAGCUGCUCAUAUUCCUUCUCUCUUCUUCUUUUCGAAUUUAGAGCAUCCAUUAUCUUUCCCUGAUUAUUAUGAUAAAGAAGAAACAUAUUAGGUAUCAAUGGAUUCGAAGAGCAGUAUUUCAAUUUACAGGAUGAGGAGACUAUAAUCUAUGAUCACUUUUGUUCUGAAACUAGCCAUUCCUGCUGAAAGAGAGGUUUUGUUCGACAGAGAGAGAGAGGACCUUGAAUGAUCUGUGCUGCCUGCUCCUGUCACGAGUUGCAUACAGCAAGUUGUCGUCAAAAUCUGAAGGGUCUUCUCGAAAUGUCAUGUCGUACAAAUCAAUAGUAUCCAAUGGAGCCUCAUCGAAGUCUUCAAUGAAGAACUCAUCUUGAUUAACUACACAUCAAAACCUAAACACAUGAUGAAUCUAACAAAACUGCAGAGACCAAAACUUAUGAGCAAUACAGAGACAAACCCAUCAUAGAGUUGCUGCUAAAGGAUCUCAUGUUUGCAACUUUAUCAUGACCAGGACCAGCUUGAGUCUCUGUAGCAAGCGGGAUUAGAUUUGAAUCACCCGUACAAUUCCCAGAGGAAGAUACAAAAGCAUCAUCAUUACAUGCUUGAGAAGACUUUGGAUCGUUGUUGCCGCAAAGGGAAGCGGUUGCUUUCUGAUUACAAUCACCCUCCUCUGUAAGUUUCUCUGGUUCAUCAUCCCUUAGAGAAUCCAAUCCUGGAGGAUCACUUGAACUCAAAGAAACCUUACCCUGUCAAAAGAUAACAGAACCUUCAUU